AUGGUUGGAGUCUCAUGUGUAACUUGGAAUAUCAGGGGAUUAGGAAGGAAAGAAAAGGCAAGGGCUGUUAGGAAGGUGGUAUUGUUACCUAAAUCUCUGUCCGACCACAAUGCAGUGGUGAUGGAAACAAGUAGGAUAAAUUGGGGUCCAAAGCCUUUCAGACUCUUUAAUUACAUAAUGGAUGAGGUGGGUUUUAAACAUACAGUUGAAAGAAAGAUUGAAGAAUUGAAGAAAGGGAAAAGAAAGGGUAUUGAAGUCUUAAUUAAAGAAUCAAAGGAAGUGAUCAGAACGUGGUCCAAAAACAGCCGAUUGCAAUUACUGAGAUUGAUAGAGGACCUAGAAAAAUCUAUUUCAGACAAGGAAGCAUUAAUACAACAAAGGAAUCAAAUGAUUUCGAUGGAGGACAUUGCAAAAGAUAAGAAUGAGCUAUGGUCUUUGUACAAAAAAGAUGAAUUAAUUUGGUACCAAAAAUCAAGGGCGAAUUGGAUCCAGAAUGGUGAUCGGAACACUAGAUAUUUCCACCAGUGUGCAUCAAAUAGAGGGAGGGUCAAUGCAUUAAAAACUUUGGAUGUCAGCGGUAAUUUGAUAUCGGAUCCGAAACAGAUAAAGUCUUUCAUUCAUGAAUAUUUCAGGGAUAUCUAUAACUUGCAACCUACUGUGGAGGUGGAGCAUUUGGAUUUGAACUUUAAAUGGCUUUCUGAGGAUGAAUCUGUUCUUCUAGAAAGAAACUUCUCGGAGGAAGAGAUUUGGGACUCAAUUGCGUCUUCGGAGAGUAAUAAGGCACCGGUGUAA